AAAGAAGAAAGACCAUAACCUAUAAUAUUUUGUACAAUUUACAGCCUGUGCAAAUUAUAAAAAUUAAUCGAUUAAAAAAAAGAUUUCAACGAAAUGUUGUUCGUAGAUGGUCCCGAAAAAACAUACAAAAAUACUACAACCAAAAUCAGACAUGACCACCUCUUAAAUUUCAGCGAAGAAAGUCUUUUUAAAGGUACUGAUAGAACUUUUUCAAAAGUGUAUGUUGAAUUACCAUAUCCUAUUCACAGGCCGUUUAAAACUUCUGAAGAUUUAGUUCAAAAAUUACUUAAAGACAAAACGAAAUAUAACCAUCUACAAGAAUCGGUUAGAAAACGAUAUACUAGUAGGGAUAAAAAACGUAUUACAAAAGAAACGUGUAAUGAUGAUAGAUUUGUACAUUUACCUCAAUAUCUGAAUAAUUGGUAUCACCAAAAAGAUCCCGAUCCCACAUUUAAUAGCGAUUACAAUUAUUAUUGUACUGGUGGAAAUUUAGAGCAUUUUCAUUAUGCUAAUAAUGAUUACUUGGUUCGCCCAGAUUUAGAUAACAAAUUGUGUAUAACAAAUGCUUCGAGUGAUGUAGAUAUUUUUGGUGAUGUACAAACAAUGAACUAUACUGCAGAAAGUACUAUUUACAAUAUAAAUUCAAGCCACAUUAACGAUGAAUUAUAUUUUGUUCUAAGAGAAAAACAUAGAGUGAACGUAGUGAGGUUUGAUCAACUUUCUAAAGUAACUUUAAAAUAUACUAAAGAAUAUAAACAUCCUCUGAUAGAUGCUAAAUUAUCUUCAGCUGGUAAAUUAGGAAUUAUUUUUUCAAAUACUAAAUUAAGCAUCAGGGACAUAGAAACAGAGCAAACUAUUAUCAGUUAUAAAAAUAAACUCAUUGACGAAAUAGACUGUUUUCAACAACUUAGGUUUAUAAACGAAAAUACUAUAUUAACAAUGGAUAGAAAAACUAUCAAGUUAAUAGAUAUCAGAAGUAAAAUUGAACAAAUGUGUUUCGAACCUAAGUUAUUUAAAUGUAAUGGGUUAUAUAAUUUUAUUACUAUAGACAAUACAUUGCUAGUUACUAGUAGGCAUUAUCUCUUAAAAACUGAUUUAAGAAACUUCGAAGAUAUUUAUCAUUACUCUCAUUCUUUAAGUGAAGCUCCUUGUUAUUUAGAUUACACAUUGAAAGAUAAGGAUACUUAUUUAACAAUAUCAGGACAACACUAUGACAGUCGAGUUCUUUUUACUGGCGAAUCACCGUUUUCUUUGCCAUAUAAAAUACCUAGUAUUAAAAAAACUGUUAGAGAAUGUAAUUUAGAGCACCCUGAAUUAAAUACAACAAAUCAUUUAGAUAAUAAACUAUCAUAUUGUAUUACUGGUUUAAAGAUUCUAAAUUUACAUGGCAAUGUUUGUAUAUUUACAUCAAAUUGUUUUGGUGAAAUAUUUAAACAAAGAAUAUUUGAAAGUGAACCUAACAAAUCCGAAGCAAUAGAAAUACUCCAAAAAUGGUCAAACACUAUAGAAUUCCCUAAACCUACUUUAUAUAUAACAAACAGUGAAAAUCUUAGUGAUAUAAUGUCUUCUUUAAAAAAACAAUUUAAACAAGAAGAUUUAUUGGAAUAUAAAGAACCUGCCAACGAAACAAAAUUUUUAAAUAAAUUUAAUAAAACCUAUUGUAGUAAAAAUGUUAAAAGCCAGUUAGGAAAAGACUUUUUAAGUAUUUGGGAAGAGAGCGAUGAAAGUGAUGAAGAAAUAGAUGAAUUGCCUGAAGAAGAAGCUCAUGAAAAAGUAAAUAAUUGGAUUCAAACCCACGAUUUCGAAGAGGAUGAAAAACAUGAACAAGUGCAGUAAAACUAUUUUGUUUAUUAAAAUUAUUGUGUUCCUUGUUUCUCUCAACAUUUUAAUUGACAAUAACGUGCUCAUUUCAACACAUAUCGUGUGGCGAUGCUGAGAUGUGAGGUGUAUUUGACAAG